UUCUUCAGCAAAAGCACUUGUGAGCUUGAAAGAGGGAAGCUUAUCAAGUUCGUGGAAUGAAAGGUGCAAUUCUCUGCAGAAAACGCACAUUUGGAAAAGCAAGAAUGCUGGUUCUGCAGUGGAAAUGCCCUUCAGAAAUUCAAAACGGAGUCGACUCUUCUGCGAAGAAGAUGACAGACAAAUAAACACAAGGUCACCCAAAAGAAAUCAGAAGGUUGCGAUGGUUCCACAGAAGUUUAGUACAACAAUGUCAACACCGGAAAAGAAAGUGUCACAGAAGAUUGGUUUACGGCUUCGCAACCUGCUCAAACUUCCCAAAGCUCACAAGUGGUGCAUAUAUGAAUGGUUCUAUUCAAAUAUAGAUAAGCCACUAUUUGAAGGAGAUAAUGACUUCUGUAUAUGCCUGAAAGAAUCUUUUCCAACUUUGAAAACCAGAAAAUUGACAAGAGUAGAAUGGGGGAAAAUCAGACGAUUAAUGGGAAAACCACGGAGGUGUUCCUCUGCAUUCUUUGAGGAGGAGAGGUCGGCGUUAAAACAGAAACGGCAGAAAAUAAGACUUCUGCAGCAGCGGAAAGUUGCUGAUCUUUCACAGUUCAAAGAUCUUCCAGAAGAAAUUCCGUUACCGCUUGUAAUAGGAACAAAAGUUACAGCACGUUUGCGAGGUGUCCAUGACGGUCUGUUCACUGGACAAAUAGACGCUGUGGACACCCUUAAUGCUACCUACAGAGUGACUUUUGACAGGGCAGGUCUUGGAACACACACAGUCCCAGAUUAUGAAGUUCUUAGCAACGAGCCUCAUGAAACCAUGCCAAUUGCUGCCUUCGGACAGAAACAACGGCCUUCAAGGUUCUUUAUGACUCCUCCCCGAUUGCCAUACACACCUUCACUCCAGUCUCCAAUUACAGAUAGUGAUCCUUUAUUAGGACAAUCUUCGUGGAAAAGCAAAAUUUCAGGCACAGAUAGUGAAACACUAGGAGGCUUUCCGGUAGAAUUCCUCAUUCAGGUGACCAGGUUAUCGAAAAUCCUUAUGAUCAAGAAGGAACACAUCAAACAAUUGAGAGAGAUGAAUACAGAAGCAGAAAAGCUGAAAUCCUAUUCCAUGCCAAUAAGCAUUGAGUUUCAGAGGAGAUACGCAACUAUUGUUCUAGAUCUAGAACAACUCAACAAAGACUUAAAUAAAGUUUUGCAUAAAGUUCAACAGUAUUGUUAUGAGCUUGCUCCUGACCAGGGCCUCCAGCCUGCUGACCAACCCACAGAUCUGAGGCGUAGGUGUGAAGAGGAAGCUCAGGAGGUCGUCAGGCAAGCAAAUACCUCGUCGACAGGACAGCUUUGUGUUGAGAGUGAAAAUUUAACUGAUCUUAUCUCUAGGCUUACAGCAAUAUUACUGCAAAUCAAGUGUCUAGCAGAAGGAGGUGAUCUGAAUUCCUUUGAAUUUAAAUCACUAACAGAUUCAUUAAAUGACAUUAAGAAUUCAAUAGACUCCUCAAAUAUCAGUUGUUUUCAGAAUAACGUUGAGAUCCAUGUUGCACAUAUUCAGAGUGGUCUGAGCCAGAUGGGAAAUUUACAUGCUUUUGCAGCUAAUAACACCAACAGAGACUGAAAACUUCCUCUCAAGUGUACAGCAAGUAGUUCUGGAAAACCUUCCUUUCUAUAGGCUUCACCAAAUAUCCUAACUGCCAGAAGAUAAGGGAAAAGAAAACCUCUCAGAAAGGACCCUUUUGAAUCUAUUAUAUCCGCUUCUUAAGAAAACCAGCAUUACUGGCCAGCGUUACAUUAGAUUUCUCCAUUUGUUAUUCACAUGCAGUAGUUUUGCUAACUGGUAAUCUCUUAGUAAUUGCAUUUAUUAUAGUAAACUUGAAAACAUACUUUCAUAUAAUUUGAACUUAGUUUUUAAAAGUUCAGAUUAAUUCUGUGCACCUCUUGCUGUUGGGUCUCCUGGUAUGUUAGAAGUGAGGAAGAGGAAAUGGUUCAGUUUAGUAGCCACAUGGCAGGUCUUUGUUGUGUAAAGCUACACUUCUGUGUAAGUCUUGAGAACUGCCAGCACCGUCCCUGAUCUAAGAAAGCAGCAGCAGCAGGAUACAGGCAGCAAACAUAAGCUGUAAACAUGAGGAUGUUAGGCAGGUCUAUCAAUCAGUCAGUGUCUUGUUGGAGCACUUAAUUUAUCGUAACUUAUAGAAGGAGUCUAAUGAAGGAAUAUAAAAAGGUAACUGGUAACUUUCCAGAAAGAAAUUGGUUAUGGCUUUUUCCCUCCACACAGGGCAAAAGAAGUGCUAUGGUUGGUAUUUUAUAUAAAUGACUGGUUAAACAUAUUGUUUUUCCAAAUUUUUGUUUGUUUUGCACAACUUUUAAAUUAGAUUACUGGUUAUUCAACAGUACCCAACAUAUAUAAAUAUGAAAAUUUUUAUAAUGAAAUAUAACCAGUGAGGUAAACUACAAAAAUAAAAAGUGACAACCUGCCUAGGAAUUGGAAUUAACCUUUUGGAAUGUUAAUCUUGUAAAAAGUGUGUAUUGGUUUGUUUAAAUAGUCUUGUAAAGCUUCUGUGUAAUGAAUCGUUUCCAGAUUUGAAUUUUCAGAGAUAGCUGUAGAGAUGUUUUUGAUUCUUUUAGAUGCCUCAUUAAAUAAGGUCUUUUAUAUGUUAAUGUAUAAAGAAUAUGUAAACAGGAUUAUUUUCAAUUUUAAAAUUUUGUAUAGUUUAAAGAUGCUUCUGUAUUCUGUGUUGGUAUUGUGCCACUGCAAAACUUUAGUGCAGAGUUUAUAUUUAGCUAAACUUGUUCUGUUAAUUAAGAGAAAUGCAUAAAUCUUUUAUUCUCAUUGAAAUUUGUAACUGAAUAAAUUGAGCUAUGAGAGUUGAUAUAUUUCACAAAAAUGC